AUGCCACUUUUCAGCUGGAUGAAGUGGCCGGGAAAUAAUUCCUACAAGCAAACACACUGCGCUGGCUCAGAUACGGUGACAAAGACCCUGCUUCGGGAAUUAAAAUGGCAUCUAAAAGAGCGUGAGAGAUUAAUACAAGAGAUCGAAAAUGAACAGAAAGUGAAAAAAACAGGUGUGGAUUACAACUGGCUGCGAAACUACCAGAAUCCUCAGGCAACCAUCCCAGCUACCGAACAAAGACAGCUUGAAGUUCUUUGUUCCCAAGUGCACCCUUGUCAAACCGGAACUAUUCUCAGCAGAUUCCGAGAACUUCUGGCAGAAAACGAUGUACUUCCCUGGGAAAUCGUCUACAUCUUCAAGCAAGUUCUGAGAGACUUCCUCAGCAGUCCUGACAGAGGGGGUCAGCACGCUGGCCCACGGGACUCCGCCACCAGCUGUUCCCCGGCCCCUGUGCUCUCGGGCGAAAGCUCCCAGAGGCCCCACAAAGACGAAAUACCCACGAUUUCAAGUUAUGUAGACAGACAUGCCAACAGCAGGCUUCUGUCAUGUUCACACAGAGUGUGGAACCGGCCACACUACUACCCAUCGAGUUAA